UCCAAAUCUUGCAAAGAAAGAAAUAAAGAAACAAUCUUUAACAGGGAUAGUAAAGAAGCAAGAACACGGCACCCACAAUCAUCAUCCGACAUUUUUGUCUGACAAGGAGAGAAUGGAAGGAAACGCGGUGGGAGAAGAAGUACCGGUACCAGUACCAGCAGCAGCAGCUAUAGUGAAAUCGAUAUUCAUAUACCCAAUCAAGUCAUGCCGUGGAAUCUCUGUUUCGCAAGCUCCAAUUUCUCCAACUGGGUUUGUUUGGGAUCGGCAAUGGUUAGUUGUGAAUUCAAAAGGAAGGGGAGUAACUCAGAGAGUUGAACCAAAGCUUGCUCUAGUUGAAGUGGAGUUGCCUGAUGAGGCAUUCUUGAUUGAAGAAUGGAAACCCAGCAAGAAUUCAUAUUUAGUGUUGAAGGCUCCUGGGAUGAAGGAGGAAUUGAAGGUUCCAUUAAUGUCAUCAACUUUGUCUGUGUGUGAUGGGAUAUCAUGUUGGGAGUGGAGUGGGUCUGCUUUGGAUGAGGGAGAUGAAGCUUCAAAUUGGUUGUCAACUUUCCUUGGGAAACCUAAUUACCGUUUAGUUCGCUUCAAUAAUGCAGAUCAGACUAGGCCGGUGGACCCAGACUACGGUAGUGGUCAUAAGGUCAUGUUCUCUGAUCAGUAUCCAUUCCUCCUCAUUUCCCAGGGCUCACUUAAUGCUUUGAAUAGUUUCCUCAAAGAUCCCCUGCCUAUCAACAGAUUCAGACCAAACAUUUUUGUGGAUGGUUGUGAAGCUUUUGCUGAGGACUUGUGGAAGGAAGUCAGGAUAAACAACACACUCUCCUUUGCUGGUGUCAAGCUAUGUUCACGUUGCAAGGUUCCAACCAUUGAUCAAGAAACAGCAAUAGCAGGAACUGAGCCAACUCUAACUCUCCAAACAUUUCGAUCAGGCACUGUUUUACGUCCAGCCCACGAACGCAACAAGGGAUUGGUGUAUUUUGGGCAGAACCUUGUUUGCAACAACUCUUUCUCUUCCAAUGGAGACCACAAGAUGAUCCUCAAAGUUGGUGACCCGGUUUCUGUCAUCCAGGCCUUGGCUUCCACCAACGACGCACCUGCCUAGCUAGCAUAGUAUCUGCCUACCGCCAUGACAUCUACUAAAUCAUCAACACUUCUCUCCUCUAGUUUCUGCGCAAUUCCUUAACUAUUAAUGUUUUAUUAAUGUUUGUUUGUUUGUUUGAUGCUUGUUUGUUGUGGUUA